UUCCACUUUCAGCUACCAACUUCUUCUACUUAAUUACCAUUUUUCAGUUUCAAAGCAAGUAAUUCACGUUUUUGCUAGUUGUGCUCUUGUUUGUUUCAACCAGAGGAGUGAAUAUUGUAGCUGGAAAGUCUCAAGUUUCAGCUUUCAAAGAUGAAUCAUUUUCAGCAAGACAAACCAUCCUUCUUUGCUAUCAUCAAAGGCAAUAUCAACCAAAUGAAAGUUCCGCAGAAGAUUGUUGUGAAUUUAGGUGAAGAGUUGAGAAAAAAUGAAUCAAUUAUUCUGAUAGGCUCUUCUGGUGAGAAGUGGCAAGUGAGUAUUAUGAAGAAUGAAAACGACAUGUAUCUGCAAAACAUCGGUUGGGAGAAAUUUAUGAAAGACAACUCAGUGAAGAAUUACGAGGUCUUGUGUUUCACAUACAAUGGAGAGAACAGAUUCAAGGUGCAAAUUUUCGGUAAGAACGGAUUAGAGAGGCCAAGCUUCAAGAAAGCAGAAGUUACUGCAGAAGCUCCAACUACGGUGAAGAGAAAGAGGGGUAGAGCAGGCUUGAAGAAAGAAGAAGAAGUUGCUGCAGAAGAUCAAAGUGCGGUCAAGAAAAAGAGAGGUAGACCAAGCUUGAAGAAAGAAGAAAAAGUUGCUGCAGAAGCUACAAGUGUGGUCAAGAGAAAGAGAGGUAGACCGAGAAAAAAUCCGGCUGCUGAGACAGUAAGUGGCAACAAAGAAAAAGGAAAAGAGGAAGCUGCAGCAACACUAGUGGCUAAGAAAGAAAAAGAAAAAGAAGGUCAGGAAACAAUUGUAGCUAGGAGAAAAAUUGAUGAACCAGGAAAAAGUCUUGCUGCUAAGAGAGUAAGUGUUAAAAAUGAAAAAGAGGAAGCUGUUGAAAAAACAAUGGAGACUAAGAGAAACAAGGGAGGACCAAGAAAAAGUGCUCCUGCUCCUCCUCCUCCUCCUGCUGUUAUUAUUAUAAUAGACUGAUAAGAAAACAAGUAUUGUUAUAUGUAUGCGCAGAGAAACUGAUAUUAAUUAAGGCAAGUUUAACAACAAUAUUUCAUAUGCUGGAAUUAGUUAUUAGGAGGAUUUAUGUAACUGUUAUGAUUGGUAAUGUUUUAUAGUUGUUGCAUUGUUGGUGAAUGAAACUGAUAUGGUACU